AUUAUAAAUGCCAAGCCUAUCGUCCAAUUCUCAUAGUUGUUGAAUAUUUUAGAACGUUAAAGAAAUCUUGGGAGUAUCGCUUCCAAGAAAAACUGGCUUAUAUUGCUAUAUAAGGUAUCCUUGCUUUGUUGCAGAUAUUCUAGAAAAGAGACCAAAAGGGUAGAGAAACAGAGUGAUCGGGGGAAUGGCUCAUGGUUUUUUACCAAAUGAGUUCCAGAAAACUGAUAGGAUCGACGAAGUGACCGGUCUUGAUCUCAAGCUUUCGGCCAUGGCCUUCUGUUUUCACCCUUUUAUGUCCAUAAUGGGAGACAAUGCAUGUGGGUGGAGCCUCCCCUUCUCAGGAGAAACCAGGGAUACUAAGAGGCUCAGACGAACUAUUAGCAUUCCUGAAUUAACCGGAAGUUCUGGUAGUCUUUCCAGUGGUGGAAACAGCGAUAGCUGCAUGAGCCGCAGAGGCAGCACUAGUAGCUUGAAUAGCUUACCAAGGCUGCAUUUCAGAGAUCAUAUAUUGACUUAUACUCAAAGAUACCUUGCUGCUGAGGCUGUAGAAGAGGCAGCGGCGGCCAUGAUCAGUUCUGAGGAAAGUGGAGGCGAAGAAGAUGAAACAGCUGAUGGGAUGAGGCUUGUUCAGCUUCUCAUUGCUUGUGCAGAAGCUGUGGCUUGUCGUGACAAAUCACAUGCCUCAGCUUUGUUAUCCGAGCUUCGAGCCAAUGCUCUGGUCUUUGGCUCUUCCUUCCAGCGAGUAGCUUCUUGUUUUGUUCAAGGUCUUGCUGAUCGUCUCGCUUUGGUUCAACCACUUGGGACGGUUGGCCUUGUUGCACCUGUGAUGAACAUAAUGGACAUUCCCUCGGACAAGAAAGAAGAAGCUUUGCGCCUUGUUUAUGAAAGUUGCCCACAUAUACCGUUCGGUCAUUUCGUAGCUAAUUCGUCGAUAUUGGAAGCCUUUGAGGGAGAGAGUUUUGUCCAUGUGGUGGACUUGGGGAUGACCCUUGGUUUACCACAUGGUCACCAAUGGCGCCACCUGAUACAAAGCCUUGCUAACCGUGCUGGCAAACCACCCAGCCGCCUGCGAAUCACGGCGGUUGGCCUGAGUGAUCAUAGGUUCCACAUCAUUGGUCAAGAGCUUGAGGCCUAUGCAAAAGACUUGGGAAUGAACUUGGGGUUCUCCGUUGUGAAAAGCAACUUAGAAAACCUGCAGCCUGAAGACAUCAAAGUAUUUGAUGGAGAAGUACUUGUUGUGAACAGCAUUCUUCAGCUGCAUUGUGUGGUUAAAGAAAGUCGGGGAGCUCUAAACUCAGUUCUGCAGAUUAUUCACGAGCUCUCACCAAAGGUUCUGGUGCUAGUUGAGCAGGACUCAAGCCACAAUGGACCUUUUUUUCUGGGGAGAUUUAUGGAAGCACUGCAUUAUUACUCAGCAAUUUUUGACUCCCUGGAUGCUAUGUUACCCAAGUAUGACACCAGGCGUGCCAAGAUGGAACAGUUUUACUUUGCAGAGGAGAUAAAGAACAUUGUGAGUUGUGAGGGCCCGGGAAGGGUUGAGCGGCACGAGAGGGUGGAUCAGUGGCGUAGGAGAAUGAGCCGCGCAGGAUUUCAGGCUGCACCGCUCAGGAUGAUAACUCAGGCCAAGCAAUGGCUUGGGAAGAAUAAGGUCUGUGAAGGUUACACUGUUGUGGAAGAUAAGGGAUGCUUGGUUCUUGGCUGGAAAUCCAAGCCCAUUGUUGCAGCUUCUUGCUGGAAAUGUUAAAUCAUAGCUGCCGAACGUCAUUGUUCAACUUCAACACCAAUAAGACAAAUUCCCCGGUCGUGGAAAUGGGUGGCUAUAUAUGUAAUCCCAGUUAUGUUUAUUGUGAUUUCCUACUAAACUUUUCUUGCAGCAAUAAACAGCUCAAUGGUUGCAGGCAUUGGGCUUGAACUUGGAACUGUUCUGAUGAUUGAACGAACAGAUGAAAUAAAGAACGCGUGUUUUUGGUUUAAAGUUUCUAAAACAUCCUAAACCAUUUUCAAAUUCAAUCACCGUGGCUCAAAUUAAGGCCGGCAAUUUGUAUUUGUAUAUCAA